AUGAGGCAGGAGGAGAAGCGUCCGACUGAUCCAGAAGCGUGCAAAACGCCAUGCCAGGAAAAUGAGACCGAGAAUACGGGUCCGACAUCUGCGUUCCAGCAGCUAGCCAUCCUAGACCGGUUUCUUGCGCUUUGGAUCUUCCUCGCGAUGGCGGUGGGAAUCAUCCUGGGCAACUUUGUGCCAAAUACGGGGCCGGCACUGGAAAGAGGAAAAUUCGUCGGGGUCUCUGUACCCAUCGCUAUCGGUCUGCUCGUCAUGAUGUAUCCGAUCUUGUGCAAAGUGAGAUAUGAGACUUUACAUCGAUCAUUUCGCGAAAAAGCCCUCUGGAUCCAGAUCGCUUUCAGCCUCGUCAUCAACUGGAUCAUAGCACCUCUCUUCAUGGUGCUCGUGUGGACGGGGCUCGCAGGGGGCGAUGGUGAAUAUUGCGCGAUCCUUGUAGCCAUCAACUCAAUCCUGCAGAUGGUCUUGUUCGCACCUCUCGCGAUAUUCUUCAUUCGCGUGAUCGGGGGGUCAGAUGGCGGGCUGACUAUAGACUAUUCGCUUGCCGCAAAAAGCGUGGGAGUCUUCCUCGGAAUACCGCUGGGGGCAGCCAUCGUCACUCGCUUCACAUUGCGUUUCCUCGUGAGUGAGGAGUGGUACGAUAAGCGCUUUCUGAAGUGGAUUGGUCCACUGUCACUGAUAGGCCUCCUUUUUACCAUUCUGGUGCUGUUCGCCUCCCAAGGAAGGCAGGUGGUGCAUCAAAUUGUGUCUGUGGUCCGGGUGGCUGCCCCGCUGAUUGUGUAUUUCUCCGUCAUCUUCCUGGCCACCCUGACAGUCACUCGACGGUGCGGUUUCGGGUACAAGCUCUCUUGCACCCAAAGCUUCACAGCCGCUAGCAACAACUUCGAGCUUGCGAUUGCGGUGGCGAUAGCGACAUUUGGUGUGGACAGUGAUCAAGCCCUGGCUGCAACCGUAGGACCUUUGAUCGAGGUUCCAGUGCUCCUGGGCCUGGUUUAUGUCGUUAAAUGGUUCGCCAAGAGACAGAAGUGGGCAUGA